AAUGUGUUCCCAGCAAUGCAAAGCACGUCCUCUAAUCGCCUGUUUCCCAUUUGUUUUCUUCACCAGGAAGUCCAACGUUGUACCGCUGAUAUGAACAUCACGGCCGAACAUUCCAAUCACCCAGAUAACAAGCACAAAAACAGAUACAUCAACAUUUUAGCAUAUGACCACAGUCGAGUGAAAUUAAGGCCUUUACCAGGAAAAGAUUCUAAGCACAGUGACUACAUUAAUGCAAACUAUGUUGACGGCUACAACAAAGCGAAAGCCUAUGUGGCCACACAGGGACCUCUCAAGUCGACAUUCGAAGAUUUCUGGAGAAUGGUUUGGGAGCAAAACACUGGAAUCAUCAUUAUGAUCACAAAUCUUGUGGAGAAAGGAAGGAGAAAAUGUGACCAGUACUGGCCAACAGAGAACAGUGAGGAAUAUGGAAACAUUAUCGUCACACUGAAGAGCACAAAGAUUCACGCCUGCUACACUGUCCGUCGUUUUUCAGUCAGAAAUACUAAAGUGAAAAAGGGCCAGAAGGGAAACCCUAAAGGUCGCCAGAAUGAAAGAAUUGUGAUCCAGUAUCACUACACCCAGUGGCCUGACAUGGGAGUGCCAGAAUAUGCCCUCCCCGUGCUGACCUUCGUCAGGAGGUCGUCAGCAGCCAGGACGCCAGACAUGGGGCCCGUGCUCGUCCACUGCAGCGCCGGAGUGGGCAGGACGGGCACCUACAUCGUCAUAGACAGCAUGUUGCAGCAGAUCAAAGACAAAAGCACAGUUAACGUCCUGGGAUUCUUGAAACACAUCAGGACGCAGCGGAACUACCUCGUCCAGACGGAGGAGCAGUACAUUUUUAUUCAUGAUGCCUUGUUGGAAGCCAUUCUGGGAAAGGAGACAGAAGUCGCCUCCAAUCAGCUGCAUAGCUACGUCAACAGUAUACUCAUCCCUGGUGUGGGAGGGAAGACACGUCUAGAAAAACAGUUCAAGCUGGUCACACAAUGUAAUGCAAAGUACGUUGAGUGUUUUAGUGCCCAGAAAGAAUGCAAUAAGGAGAAGAACAGAAACUCAUCCGUCGUGCCAGCUGAACGUGCUAGAGUGGGCCUUGCACCCUUGCCUGGAAUGAAAGGAACAGAUUACAUAAAUGCGUCCUAUAUCAUGGGCUACCAUAGGAGCAACGAAUACAUCAUAACCCAGCAUCCUCUGCCACACACCACGAAAGACUUCUGGCGGAUGAUUUGGGAUCAUAACGCACAGAUCAUUGUCAUGUUGCCAGACAACCAGAGCCUGGCAGAAGAUGAGUUUGUGUAUUGGCCAAGUCGAGAAGAAUCUAUGAACUGUGAGGCCUUUACUGUGACCCUCAUUAGCAAAGACAGAUUGUGCCUCUCUAAUGAAGAGCAAAUCAUCAUCCAUGACUUUAUCCUCGAAGCCACACAGGAUGACUACGUCCUAGAAGUCCGGCACUUUCAGUGUCCCAAGUGGCCCAAUCCAGAUGCCCCUAUAAGCAGUACUUUUGAACUUAUCAACGUCAUCAAAGAAGAGGCCUUAACAAGGGAUGGGCCCACCAUUGUUCAUGAUGAGUAUGGAGCGGUUUCAGCGGGAAUGCUCUGUGCUCUCACCACACUGUCCCAGCAGCUGGAGAAUGAAAAUGCUGUGGAUGUGUUCCAGGUAGCAAAGAUGAUCAAUCUCAUGCGGCCUGGAGUCUUCACAGACAUCGAACAGUACCAGUUUGUCUACAAAGCAAUGCUCAGCCUGGUCAGCACUAAAGAAAAUGGAAACGGUCCCAUGACUGUGGACAAAAACGGCGCCAUUCUGAUCGCCGACGAAUCAGACCCUGCCGAGAGCAUGGAGUCUCUCGUGUAAUUGGAACCCUGAAAAGGCACUUGAUUUGUAGAACGCAGGAAGACUGAGAGAACUUUUUUGAGGCCUUUUUUGCCAGACUCUAGGUUAUACAAUAACCCAGUUACUUUUUUACACUGAUAAAAAGUUUUGAUAUUUAUUUUUUGCCAUUUUAUGUCUUAAUGGUAUCCUACUGAGCAUUUGCACCUCUGUUUAUUUCACACAGUGAAACACAAUUUUAUCUAGUUUGCACUAUCUGAUCAGUGUUACUGCCUAUAAUAUCCAAAUACAAAAAGUGACCCCUGGUCUGACAUUCCAUGGCAACCUGAUGCUACUUUUAGUUCCAUGCAGUGACGGUUUUUGUUGAUGACGGUGAGCCUUGAGUUGUUGAUUUGUGAAUGCUGAACCAGCCCCAUCCUUCCUCCUGGACUGCGCUGUCCUCGUCCCUGACCCCUCUCCCAGACUCUCCCCAUCACUUUGAUCGAUAUCGUAUGCCUUUCGUAGUUCAGUAGAGUGGAUGAACACUGUUGUUGUGUUGUUUCGUUUUGUUUUUUCAGACUUUAGCAGGGGAUGGGUAGCCACGUAGAGGAAUGAGGUGUCAUUGCCUCCUGAGCGUGAAAUGAUGCCGCUGGGAGAACUUGGAGGCAUGGUGGCUGCUUCAUGGGUCCAUCACUUACCGUUGGCAAAGUGUGGAAAGCCGCACAGGACACGGGCAGCUGGUUAUGGACUCCACUUCAGAAUUCACAGUUAUGUCCAAAUUAAGGCUAACAUUGCUUUCUGGUUUUCAUGGCAGCCAUGUGGAUCGAAAUGUUUGUUACAGUUGUUACUUACAUACAUCAUAAUGAUCUGAAUCAGCAACGCAGUAAAAUCAGGGCUGUCUUUAAAAAAAAUAGAGGUAGCAAAAUUUUACAUAACCGCGCUAUCAAGUUCCUUUAAUUCCUUUCCAUUAAUGCUUCUUGACCACGACAUCCUCCCCAGUGGGAUGUUGUUGAAUGAUGAACAUUUCCUUAAUCUCACUUGUUGCCAUUUUUGCAGGUGUGUAAUUUUGAAACGAGUGCUCAAAAGUAAAGUACUGAUCCAUAUUCCUGGUGAAGCAAUCUAAUAAAAACUACCUACCAAGUUAGCAUUCUCCUUCUUUUCUUGCCAAGCUUUUCACGACAAUUCUCUUAAUGAACAUACCCCCUUCCAAAUGAGAUAGGAUCUUUUUUUUUUCCUAUCACUUAAAGGUUCUAAGACUCAUUUUAUGAUGAAAACACUGGGUUGGCAAAAGAUGGGAACCUGGAAUUGGUUGUUGCAACUCCCACGUUUGAGGUUAGAAAUGAAUCUAUGAUCACCAUCUAUGUUUUCUAGGUGCAAAGGCAGACAUUGUACAGAAAACACACACACAAUCACAUGUGUGAAUGUGUACUUGCAUCUCAGGAACCAAGACUGAUAGUCUCAACCAUAGCCAAGAGAAGCUUAUUUUGUUUCACAAAUCAUGGACUGUGUGCCCAUUCUUUGGGACACAAUAGGAUUUUUGCCUUAAUGGGAAAAUGAAGAAAGUUGAGUUUAGUUAGUUCUAUACACCGUUAGGUGGGAAAACCCAAUUCUACUUGGGAAGAUCCAAUUGGUUUGAUUUGCGUGCACACUUAGAAUAGAGAGAGUGGCUCUCAGAAUGGGGAGCUGGCCUCAGAAGCACGGGGUCUAGUGAGAAUAAAUUUAACGUUUAGUAAAGCACUGACCCUACGAACAGGGCUAUCAAAAAACCACAUGGCCAGCAUUUGAGAAUAAUAAGUGAUAAUCAAACUCACAGCCAUCUCCAGUUUGGUUUCAUCCAAAGGCCAACAUCUCCAUGGGGAGACGCUUCAGAAAUAACAUGGCGAUGGGCUGAACUUUCCCAAGUGAAACAAAUGUUCAGUCAUGAUGAGGCGCGCCUUCUCAUCUGACCAUCAUCUAAGCCUCCACAAGAACUCUCACUAUGCCAGGAUGGAGGUCUCUCCUAGACAGGCUUCCUUUAAGAGUAGAGUAGCGCUUACCUGUUCGGCAUAUGAGACAUUUUACCAUGCCUGGUCCUGCUGGGGAAGUGGGCAUUGGGAAAUCCCAACUAGUGGCGUGAGGAGGUUGGACCAUGGGAUGUUUUACACUCUUUGCUGGAAAUCAGAGGUCCUAAAAAGGGCUGUAAAGAAGGAAGGGUCUCAAGAUCCAGAGAUCUGAGGCCAAUGAGGUAUUCCAUCAUUUGAGUUUUGUGCAUGUUUGCUUUAUGUGGGCUCCUGCCCAUUUUAGUGUUGCUUUAGUAGAGGAAGUCACAGUGGGAAAUGAAUGAGGGGAUCGCCUCUUCUUGGCUUUCCUCUUUACUCCUCCUCCCAUCCCUUUAUGAAAGAAUGUUAGGGUUAGAACUCAUUUCAUUUUCAGUGAUUGUAUUGGUAAAAAUGAAUGUUGGGUGUUGAUAGGAAAAAAUUACAUAGAAAGUAUUCAUUUCUGUGUUAUCUACUGAGGGCUCAAUUUGUGGAAAAUAACUUUCAUCUAAAUUUUGUUGACUUUGACCAUCUUUUACCUUGUGUCAAAAGACAGAGCUGGCAUAUGUGUGUGGGGGGGGGGGGGGCUAAAAACCAUUCUAAGGGGAGUACAGAAGUUCUUUGUGAAUGAUUCAUUCAUUCAUUCAUUCAUUCAUUCAUUCAUGCAGUAUCUAUAGCAGAAUUGAAUCAGUCUGCCAGAUCCCACCUAAUCCACUCUGAGUUACUACUCUUUGUCUUGCCAAAGUACUCAUAUGCUUUUUCAUGGGAACAUAGAGAGGACCAUCCAACUAUUUCCCUUUUCAACUGCUAAACACAUCCUCAUUACUCUUCUUCCUUUAAGGGAGGAAAUGACUUUACACUGGCUUCCCAGUGAGCAGAGAGUCUCAAAGAAUGCAUUCAUGUUCAUUCUUUGCGACAUAAGCCCAUGGCUUGACUGUAGAACAAGGUUAUUAUCACUUGCCGGGGGAAAGGAGAAAGCUAUUGCAAAUUCAUGCAUAUUAUCUAUAGGAGAAGCUCUUUUGGUGAGUUUUAGCCCUAAAGAAACAGUACACCCCCAUCACACAAAACUGGAUUGGAAUGAUCAGACCAAACGACCAUGGGUUCUGGACAUCAGAGAAGUGGGUCCUCAGCAUACCAGAAUAGUUUUCAUUUGAAAGUCACACUUCUCCUUUUCCAUUCAAAAAGGCUGGCUUUCCAGCAGGGUUUUGGAAAAAAAUGAUGUUAGUCGAGUUGAUUUUCCUGAUUUAAGUCCUUUGGAGUCCACUCCAAGCAGCUGGAUCAGAGAGGGUUAUUUUCUUAGUGGUCCUGAUCAUGUGAGAUCUUAGCCCAGGCUGAUGGUUUGGAACCUGAAAAAUAACCUGAACUAUUUUUGAAAUGGCACAGCACAACUGCCCAGCUCAGAAUUUCUUUGCUUUUUUUUUUUAAACUGAUAUAUUUAAAAGUUAAAAUAGAGAUACCAGUUUUACCAAAGAUACAUAUUACUAAUUCUCAGCAAAAAAUAGAAAAUAAAACAACACAAACCCACCCUAAUUUAAGGAAGGAAAAUUGAAACAUAGUUUGUCUUAAAGAUUUAGCAGUCGUGCUUUUAAGAUGCAUUUCCAACUCCUGUGUUCUGAAGUUUCUAUUCCCUUGGUGCCAGUGAAUUUGUAUAUGAAGGGAAAAUGCCUGCUUUUUUUUUUCUUUAACAGCUGUAACUAGAUUUCUCGCUAAACUUUUGAAUUUGCCCUGAGUUGUCAUUCAACGUGAGACAUUGGCUUUGCUGAUCUCUAGAGAGAAGACAUGAAAAAAUUGAGAGAUGGAAUUGUAAUAAAGAUAUUUGGCCCUCGACUUUGUCUUAGCUGUUAAAAAGAAACUGUUUUUAGUAUUUUUGUUAAAUAUUUGCAAAGGGAAACAUUUUCUACAGAGGAUUAAUUAAUUUCAAGAAAAAUAUCUUGAGUUUUAAGAAUAAACAUGUCUCCAGAAGAGGAGACCAUCAAUUUUAUAAGCUGUCACAAUUCUCCCAACAUUUGGGGAAGUGACUCUUUUUGUUAAGACAUUUGAAACUAGCGAGCAGCCAUUGUUUCUAAAGAACUCGGCCUUCAUGUUGACUCACGUUUCUUUGACUUCGUUUUGAAAUAGCAGAAAUCAUUAAAACUGUAAAUAUUUUGUUGCUUGGAUAAGCAUCUUCUGGGAACUUUGUAUCUAUGGUAUAUAAUCAUAGAAUUUUAUAUUUUCAUAUAAAGCUGAUUUUUUUCUAGUUUCAACUCCUUCAUAGUUUUUUUCGUGGUGGAUAUGUGAAUACAACCUUUCUGUGUACUGAAAGUAGCACGGACCAUCAUCACAUUCCAAAAGAAUCCAACGCCAUGUUCUUUCUUUGGGGCAGUGAUUGUGAAAGUUGGAUUUCCUUUUUCAUUCCGUUGUCAGAGUGGGCAAUAGGAAUUAGGCCUAAUCAGUCAUUGAACACGUCUGUCGCAUUGGACCCAUUUUGGAAAAAGUGGUGUUUUGCUUCGGGGUUUUUUUUUCCAUUUUGUUUUUGGGGUUUUUUUGUAACUUGAAGAAUUACCUUUUUUGUUCUGUUUAAAACUAUAUCAAAUCAUUCUAUGAUAGUGUUAUUUAAUAUGUAAAUUGUAUUGCUAUACAUAAAAUAAAGUAUGGUUUUUUGAUGUA